CCACCGUAUAUAAGUAGAGAGGAGCAGCAAGCAUCAUUAACCGCAGCGUCCUCACUCCACGCUUCUUCUGCCAUCUCUCGUCGGCCACCGAAUGGCGGAGCUCUCGGAGACGUACGCGUGCGCGCCCUCGACGGAGCGCGGCCGCGGGAUCCUGAUCUCCGGCGACCCCAAGACCAACUCCAUCGUCUACACCAACGGCCGGUCGGUGAUCAUCCGCCGCCUCGAUGCCCCCCUGGAGGCGUCCAUCUACGGCGAGCACGCCUACCAGGCCACCGUCGCCCGCUUCUCCCCCAAUGGCGAGUGGAUCGCCUCCGCCGACCUCUCCGGCACCGUCCGGAUCUGGGGCCGCCACGGCGACCGCGUCCUCAAGAACGAGUUCCGCGUCCUCUCCGGCCGCAUCGACGACCUCCAGUGGUCCCCUGACGGCCUCCGGAUCGUCGCCUCCGGCGACGGAAAGGGCAAGUCCUUCGUCCGCGCUUUUAUGUGGGAUUCAGGCACCAAUGUUGGGGAAUUUGAUGGACACUCGAGGAGGGUAUUGAGUUGUGCAUUUAAGCCAACCAGACCAUUCCGCAUUGUCACGUGUGGAGAAGAUUUCUUGGUUAAUUUCUAUGAAGGGCCACCAUUUAAAUUCAAGCUCUCCCAACGGGAACACUCAAACUUUGUUAAUUGUGCACGGUUUUCUCCUGAUGGAACUAAGUUCAUUAGUGUCAGCUCAGAUAAGAAGGGUAUAAUAUAUGAUGCAAAGACAGGAGAAAAGAUUGGAGAGUUGUCCAUGGAGGACGGUCACAAAGGAAGCAUAUAUGCUGUUAGCUGGAGCACUGAUAGUAAAAAAGUCCUGACAGUUUCUGCUGAUAAAACUGCCAAAAUAUGGGAGAUUAUGGAGAAUGGAAAUGGGAAAGUGAAAACAACAUUGGCUUGUCCUGGCUCAGGCGGUUUGGAUGACAUGCUUGUUGGUUGCCUGUGGCAGAAUGACCAUCUUGUCACUGUUUCUCUUGGUGGUAUGAUAAACAUAUAUUCAGCAACUGAUCCAGAUAAAACACCAAUAUCAUUUUCUGGGCACAUGAAGAGCAUCACUGCUUUAGCUUGUACUCUUCAAAGUGGUGAGAAGGCAAUCUUGUCCAGCAGCUAUGAUGGUGUUAUUAUUCGAUGGAUACAGGGCAUUGGAUAUGGUGGUAGGUUGGCAAGAAAGGAUAAUACUCAAAUUAAAUGUUUUGCUGCAGUUGAAGAAGAACUUGUUACAUCAGGGUUUGACAAUAAGAUUUGGAGGAUUCCUCUAAAUGGAGAUCAAUGUGGGAAUGCAGAACCAGUUGAUGUCGGCUCUCAGCCAAAGGAUUUAAACCUUGCAGUUCAGACUCCUGAACUUGCUUUGGUUUCUACUGAUUCAGAAAUUAUCAUGCUGCGGGGUUUACAAGUAGUUUCAACCAUUAAACUUGGGUAUAGUGCAACAGCUUCAACAAUUUCCCCUGAUGGAAGUGAGGCCAUUGUUGGUGGUCAAGAUGGAAAACUGCAUAUUUAUAGCAUUGAUGGAGAUAGUCUUAAAGAAGAAGCAGUUCUUGAGAAACACCGGGGUAGUAUUACUGUAAUACGUUACUCUCCAGAUGCUUCCAUGUUUGCUUCAGCAGAUGCUAACCGAGAAGCUGUGGUAUGGGAUCAUGUAUCUCGAGAGGUGAAGCUAAAGAACAUGUUGUACCACACCGCCCGCAUAAACUGCCUCGCGUGGUCUCCUGAUAGCCAUUUGAUUGCUACUGGCUCACUGGACACCUGUGUGAUCAUUUACGAAGUGGAUAAGCCUGCAUCAAGCCGAAUAACAAUCAAAGGAGCCCACCUUGGAGGGGUGUAUGGAUUAACUUUCAGUAAUGAAAACAGUGUGGUGAGUGCAGGGGAGGAUGCUUGUGUCCGUGUAUGGAGACUAGUGCAGUAGUGAAACACUUCAGCAUGACCUGGUUUGGCUUUAUCAACGAGUAAGCAUGUUGCUUGUGCAGUUUCUUGUCAUGGAUAGAUGGAGCUAGGGUUUCUCUCAUGCCUGGAUUAUUGGUGUGCUAGCGGGGUUGCCUUUUCUGAAAGACUGGCUUGUGGCAUGUUUACAUAAGGCCAUUAUUGCUCUAUCAAAACCCACGAGUUUUUAACAUCUGAGGCAGAGUGCUUGAAGUGCAUCUUGAAGACCAAUUUGAGAUUUGAUCGUUUGUAAAAUCUGUUCAUGGUGCUUUUGCCGCCGCGCUUUUGUUUUUUUUGUAAUCUUUGAUUUAACUAUUGGUUUCUCUCUCUCUCUCUCUCUGUGUGUGUGUGUGUGUGUGUGUGUGUGUGUGUGUGUGUUUGUAGAAGCGCGUGAGCUAAUAUAUUGAUUUCUGGAUGAUUUAAUGCAUAAGCAGGAAAUUUCUAAAAUAUCUAAGUUUUUGUUAAA